CGGCCGGGGGGCGGAGGGGCAGGGAGCAGUCCGCCGCCGUCCCGGCAGCCAUAGCGACGACGCUACCUGCGGCGAGGGCGGCCGGCAGGGGGGCGGACAAAGGCGGCCCCGGAGGGGAAUUGCCAAAAUGCUUUGGAAUUCUUAAACGAUUCACAAACUGAAGUCUCUGAGGAUACAAAAUCAUAAGAACACGAGAAGCAGCAAGGAGGAUUCAGUGCCAAUGCAGCAACAAAAAAGACAGCCAGAGUUAGUGGAAGGAAAUCUUCCUGUUUUUGUUUUUCCUACAGAACUUAUAUUUUAUGCAGAUGACCAGUCGACACACAAGCAGGUGUUGACUCUAUAUAACCCCUAUGAGUUUGCCUUAAAAUUCAAAGUUCUUUGUACAACUCCAAAUAAAUAUGCGGUGGUUGAUGCUACUGGUGCUGUGAAGCCUCAGUGCUGUGUUGAUAUUGUGAUUCGUCACAGAGAUGUUCGGUCUUCUUACUAUGGUGUGAUAGAUAAAUUCCGUCUACAAGUGUCUGAGCAGAGCCAGAGGAAAGCAUUAGGGAAAAAGGAGAUUAUUGCUACACUACUUCCAUCUGCAAAGGAACAACAACAACAAAAGGAAGAGGAGGAAAAACGAAUAAAAGAACACCUGGCUGAAAGUGUCUUUUUUGAGCAGACUUUGUGUCAACCAGAAAACAGAACUGCCUCAUCGGGACCUAGUUUACUAACAGUCUUCCUAGGAAUAGUGUGUAUCGCAGCACUAAUGCUACCUACAUGGGGGGAAAUGGAAUCCCUGGUGCCUCUCUACCUCCACUUAAGUGUGAAUCAAAAGUUAGUAGCUGCUUAUGUUUUAGAUUCGAAGAACAGUCACUCUAAACUCAAUUCUCCUGUCCCGUUGCCUAGCAGAAAGGAGGAUUUAAAGGAACGGAGCUAGGCAGCUUCAAACUGAUAGCUAGAGGUCUCAUCACCAUGGUUAUUUUGAGAACAUGAGCAAUGAGUCCAUAGGAUGUCAAACACCUUACUGUAUAUUCACAUCAUGAAUGUGGACUGCCUUUUACUCCCAUUUGGCUCACUAAGGCACUAGCAAAACCCUUCAGUGAUUUCAGAUACCUUCAGAAGUGUAAUAUAUUUUAACUAUGUAUAAUAAAUGAAAGACUCAAAGCACUUUUGGGUGCUUCUGUAACAGACAGCUAUGAAAUGUUCAGUGAUACCUGUGAAAAUUAAUUUGAAACAAAAACCUUUUAUAUCUACGCCUACUGUAAAAAAAAAAAAUCCUUAUUAAAGCAACGUUUGUUAAUUUUUAGUCUUACGUUCACAUCAGUGUGUGAUCACUAUAAAAGCAAACUUGUCUUCUGUAAAACCUCCCUUUGGUUUGUGGUUGUAGCUGGCGAGGCCAGUGCGGAACAUGUGUGUGUACAGAUCGGGGGGCCGAGGGGCAUGGCUGAAGUGGGGAAGAAAAUGAAAAACUAUGAAAUAAACCAUGAAUUUUAGGUGAAGAAGUAAUUCUCAAAUUCCUUCCUUCUUUACCAAUAUAUUGGGAGUGCUUAUUUUCUUAUCUGGGGGGAAAUAAUUUCUGCAACAGCCGUUUUGUAUCACGAUUGUAGACAAUAAAAUCAGGUUCUAUAACCAGAUCCUUUCCUUCCUUAGGGACGCAUGCACUGUGGGAAUUAAGUGGCUUGAACAGAAGCUGAACUCCCACUGCACACCAAUAUAACAUUCUGCAUUUUUUUCCUAUUUUAGAGACUAAACCAUGUAUAAAAGCUAAACCGCAGGCAUUUCUCUACACCUUCCCUUCCCCCCCAGCUGCAUGAGGGGAUUUCUUUUGGGUCAGAAUCAGCCCAUUUUAUAUUGGAGGUGACCAUUUAUCUUGUUUCAUAUAACAACUGCUUCCCUUCAUUUGAUGUUUUGUUGUUGAGAUGUUAAGUUUAAAAAUACUUGUACUGAAGGGCUGCUGUCCCUGCCUUUCAGUCAGACACGAAUCUUCAUAAGAAGCCUCUAGCAUAUGCUCUGAUCUAUAUAAAAAAACACUUGGGAAAUUAAGCUUCCUUUGCCCCUGCAUGUUAUGGGUCACUUUUCUGUUUAUGCACGGACAUACAAAGAAACCAUGUGGAAAUGAGUGUUGCUUAAAAAGAAAAAAAAGAGGAGAAAGGUUGAAUUGAAGUUGUUAAUCACUGUACAUUUUUUCUCAUAUAUAAAAUACAACGAAGUAAGUCUCUACAGGGCAAUAAAAUGUUACCCACUUGGAUUCUC